AUGACCCCACAAGCGUAUGAGAGAAAGCGAGAGAGGGAAUUGGGGAAACACCGGGCGGGUCGGGCUCGUCAACUACAACCUCAAGCCAAGGAUCCUAGGGUUUGGAACCGAGAAGAGUAUGUUAGAUUGGAACAAGAUUCUUUCAUCGUCUUUGUGGAUAGGCUACCAGGAGAUAUAUCGAAGGAAUUGUUUCAGUUGUUUUCAUGGACGGGGAGGAUCAAUGACAUCUAUCUCUCAAGAAAAAUGAGAAAUGGUGAUGUAUAUCUUUUUGCGUUCAUCAGGUACACUACAAAUGGAAGGGCGCUGAAAGCGAUCUCAAAAAUGAAUUCCAUGCGACUAAGAGGGAAGGAGAUUUUUGUAAGGGAGGCUAAGUACAAGAGAUAUCUCCAAGGGAAAGACUGCGGUAGACACCAGAGGUACAAGGAGAAAGGCGGUGGAUGGUAG